CAGCGUGUAGUGCGAGUGGGGCAGGACGCGCUCAGACCGCCCGCCCGCCCGGCGACCCGCAAGGGGUUGGCAUUGGUUGGAAGAGUUUGUGAAACCCUCUCUCUGCCCAGAGCUCCAGGACCAAUGCAUCUUGCCACCACCUUAAACCACUGAGCAGUUCAGAGCCCCAGUUGCAGAAGACUUGUCCGGUUACCACCAUGAGCUCUGAAUGUGAUGUUGAUGCUUCUAAAGCCGUGGUGAAUGGUUUGGCACCAGGCAGCAAUGGGCAAGACAAAGAUAUGGAUCCUACAAAAAUCUGCACCGGAAAGGGAGCGGUGACUCUCCGGGCCUCAUCCUCUUACAGGGAAAUCCCGAGCAGUAGCCCUGUGAGCCCUCAGGAAACCCCGAAACACGAAAGCAAACCAGAUGAAUGGAGGCUUUCUUCCAAUGCUGAUGCCAAUGGAAACGCCCAACCCUCUUCACUUGCUGCCAAGGGCUACAGAAGUGUGCAUCCCAACCUUCCUUCCGACAAGCCCCAGGCUUUGAGUCCUCUACUAAAUGAAGUUUCUUCGUCCCAUGUUGGAACUGAUUCCCAAACCUUUGCACCAGUUAGCAAGCCAUCAUCUGCCUACCCUUCCACAACAAUUGUCAAUCCUACAAUUGUGCUCUUGCAACACAAUCGAGAACAGCAGAAGCGACUCAGUAGCCUUUCAGAUCCUGUCUCAGACAGAAGAGUGGGAGAGCAGGCCUCAGCACCAACCCGGGAAAAACCCACCUCACCUGACAGGGCUGCUGAAAAAAAGGCAAAGGAUGACAGUUGGCGGGUGGUUAAGAGCGCUCAGGACCUAAGCGAUGUUUCCAUGGAUGAAGUGGGCAUCCCACUCCGGAAUACCGAGAGAUCAAAAGACUGGUACAAGACCAUGUUUAAACAGAUCCACAAACUAAACAGAGAUGAUGAUUCAGAUCUGUACUCUCCUCGAUACUCCUUUUCUGAAGACACAAAAUCGCCCCUUUCUGUGCCUCGCUCAAAAAGUGAGAUGAGCUACAUUGAUGGUGAGAAGGUAGUUAAGAGGUCGGCCACACUUCCCCUCCCGGCCCGCUCUUCCUCGCUAAAAUCAAGCCCAGAAAGAAACGACUGGGAGCCCCCAGAUAAGAAAGUGGAUACAAGAAAAUACCGUGCAGAGCCCAAAAGCAUUUACGAAUAUCAGCCGGGCAAGUCCUCUGUUCUGACCAACGAAAAGAUGAGUCGGGAUAUAAGCCCAGAAGAGAUAGAUUUAAAGAAUGAACCUUGGUAUAAAUUCUUUUCGGAAUUGGAGUUUGGGAAACCGCCUCCCAAAAAGAUAUGGGAUUAUACUCCUGGAGACUGCUCUAUCCUUCCUAGAGAGGAUAGAAAGACUAAUCUAGAAAAAGAUCUCAACCUCUGCCAGACAGAGUUAGAGGCAGAUUUAGAAAAAAUGGAGACGCUUAAUAAAGCACCCAGUGCAAACCUGGCACAGAGCUCAGCAGUCAGCCCCUCUCCGGAAAUUUCUUCAGAGCCUCCUGGAUAUAUAUAUUCUUCCAACUUCCACGCAGUAAAGAGGGAAUCAGAUGGGGCUCCUGGGGACCUGGCUAGCUUGGAGAACGAGAGGCAGAUUUAUAAAAGCGUCCUGGAAGGUGGAGACAUCCCUCUCCAGGGCCUGAGUGGGCUCAAGCGACCAUCCAGCUCGGCCUCCACUAAAGUGGAUCGUAAAGGUGGGAAUGCUCACAUGAUUUCUUCAUCUUCGGUUCAUAGCCGAACGGUUAACACUAGCAAUGCGUUAGGCCCUGUAUGUAAGCACAAGAAACCCCUGUCGGCUGCGAAAGCCUGCAUUUCAGAAAUCCUUCCUUCCAAAUUCAAACCCAGGCUCUCUGCUCCCAGCACUCUUUUGCAGGAACAGAAGAGCAUACUCUUGCCAUCAGAAAAGGCUCAGAGCUGUGAGAACCUUUGUGUUUCAGUUUCUUUGCAUGAUUCCAAGAGAAGUCUCCCCCUCCAAGUGGGGGGGAGCAUCGAGAACCUGCUCAUGCACUCCCGGCGGGAUUAUGACAGCAAGUCAAGCAGUACCAUGAGCCUGCAGGAGUACAGCACCAGUGCCAGGAGGCCCUGCCCUCUCUCCAGAAAGGCUGGGUUGCAGUUUUCUAUGUUCUACCGGGACAUGCACCAGAUCAACCGAGCUGGCCUCUUCCUGGGAUCUGUCUCCUCCUCCAGUGUGCGGGAUCUUGCCUCCCACUUUGAAAGGAGCAGCCUGGCAUUGGCCAGGGGUGAGCUGGGCACCAGUCAGGAGAGUUCAGAGCACAUCCCUAAGCACACUGUCUCCUCCCGCAUCACAGCUUUUGAGCAGCUGAUUCAGCGGUCCCGGUCCAUGCCAUCCCUGGACCUGUCCGGCCGGCUGAGCAAGUCCCCUACACCUAUGUUGUCCCGGAGUGGCCUGACUUCGGCCCGCUCCGCCGAGUCCCUCCUGGAGUCAACCAAGCUCCGGCCCAGGGAGAUGGACGGGAUGAACCCCGGGGACGUCUAUGCCUCCCCAACACGUAGCAAUAUGGUGGACCCCACCCUGGGCUUCAGGGGCCUCGUGCCUUCUGAGCCCCUCUCUGCCUGCUCCGAUGAGCUCGACCGCUAUUCAAACAUCUCCAGUGACAGCAGAGAGGGCAGCAGUGGCAGUGUUCACGGAGACUUCCCCAGACACCGCCUCAACAAGUGUAAGGGCACCUGCCCGGCCUCGUACACCCGCUUCACCACCAUCCGGAAGCACGAGCAGCAGCAGAGCUCCAGACAGCCUGAGUGGCGCCCGGACUCCAGAGGGGACAAGAGCACGCUCCUCAGGAACAUCUACCUGAUGAGCCCCCUCCCUUUUCGGUUGAAAAAGCCUCUCCAGUACUACCCCAGACAGCCUUCCCCUGGUGACUUCUCAGGACCCCGGGCGAGCCAGAAGCCAGACCUCCCGAGUCAGCCCCAUCAGGACGAGCCCCUCUCUGGGGGAAAGCCCUCAGUUCCCAAACGCUUGUCCUCCCGACACACCAUGGCCAGGCUCAGCCGGGUCUCAGAGGCCCCUCAGGAGAGACCCGCGGUCCCUGAGGCCUGCCCGAGAGCCUUUACUAACGGGAACUCUGUGCCGUACUCAGACCACGGCCUGGACAGGAACAACAACCCACAAAGUGCACUGGGAGCGUCCCUUGGAGAUUCAGAAUCACCAAGACAUUUUAUACCAGCCGAUUACUUGGAAUCCACGGAAGAAUUUAUUCGAAGGCGUCAUGAUGAUAAAGAGAAACUUUUAGCGGACCAGAGACGACUUAAACGAGAGCAAGAAGAAGCCGAUAUUGCAGCUCGACGCCACACGGGCGUCAUUCCGACGCACCAUCAGUUUAUCACUAAUGAGCGCUUUGGGGACCUCCUCAAUAUAGACGAUACGGCAAAAAGGAAAUCUGGGUCAGAGAUGAGACCUGCCAGAGCCAAAUUUGACUUUAAAGCUCAGACACUAAAGGAGCUUCCUCUGCAGAAGGGAGACAUCGUUUACAUUUACAGGCAGAUUGAUCAGAACUGGUACGAAGGCGAGCACCACGGCCGGGUGGGCAUCUUCCCGCGCACCUACAUCGAGCUGCUUCCUCCUGCUGAGAAGGCUCAGCCCAAAAAGUUAACACCAGUGCAGGUUUUGGAAUAUGGAGAAGCUAUUGCUAAGUUUAACUUUAAUGGUGACACACAAGUAGAAAUGUCCUUCAGGAAGGGUGAGAGGAUCACGCUGCUUCGACAGGUGGAUGAGAACUGGUACGAAGGGAGGAUCCCAGGGACGUCCCGACAAGGCAUCUUCCCCAUCACUUAUGUGGAUGUGAUCAAAAGGCCACUGGUGAAAAACCCCGUGGAUUACAUCGACCUGCCUUUCUCCUCCUCCCCAAGUCGUAGUGCCACCGCAAGCCCACAGUUUCCCAGUCACAGCAAGCUCAUCAUGCCACCCUCCUCAUCUCUUCCCCACCCCCACCGAGUCCUGUCCCCUGAGAUGCACGCCGUCACCUCUGAGUGGAUCUCACUGACUGUAGGGGUUCCAAGCAGGCGUCCUCUGGCCCUGACCCCACCCUUGCCUCCUCUGCCAGAGGCUUCUAUCUAUGACACUGACCACCUCGCCUUGAAGACGAGGCCCAGUCCCUCCCUGUCCUUCAGCCUCCCCCAUUCGAGUUGGUCAGAUCGUUCCACCCCACGUUCAAGAGCUUCCCUACUGGCCCUACCUGCCCCCCACAAAGCCUCCUCCCUAGCACCUGGUGCCCAGGCCUCCCUUCACAUUAAUGGAGACAGUGGUAUCCAUAUGCCAUCUUCAGGUGUCUGCCAGGACAGCUUCUCCCAGCCACUGCUUGGGAGCUCUGAUAGGGUCAUCUCAGAGCUUAGCGAUGCCUUUAGCAGCCAGGGUAAGCAGCAGCCAUGGCGAGAAGAGAGCGGACGGUAUGAGAGGAAAGCAGAGAGGGAGGCAGAUGAGAGAUGGCCUGGUGGACCCAAGAUCUCUAAGAAGAGCUGCUUGAAACCUUCAGACGUGGUCAGGUGCCUGAGCACUGAACAGAGACUCUCAGAUCUCCACACCCCAGAGGAGAGCCGGCCCAGCAAGCCCCUGGGUAGCCCUUUUCCGGGAAGGGAGGCUGAGCAGACAGAGCUGCAUAGAGGUGGCGAGCAGGCUGAGAGGAAGGCUGCUUGGAGUGGUGUGAGCCAGGAAGCAGUUUGCAAUGAGAUCAUAAACAUUGCCGAAAAAUCUGUUCAUUACUGCAGCACUGUUUCUCAUCCCCUUGACUUUCAUCACAAGGUAUCCCCAUCUGACAAUAAAUCAUCUUUAAUCAUUUCUCAGCAACCUCAAGCCCAGCAGCGAAGAGUCACCCCAGACAGGAGUCAAACCUCACAAGAUUUACUUAGCUACCAAGCACUGUAUAGCUAUAUACCACAGAACGAUGAUGAAUUGGAACUCCGAGAUGGAGAUAUUGUUGAUGUCAUGGAAAAAUGUGAUGACGGAUGGUUUGUUGGUACUUCAAGAAGGACAAGGCAGUUUGGUACUUUUCCAGGCAACUAUGUAAAGCCUUUGUAUCUAUAAGAAGACUGAAAACCACAGAGAUUAUUUUUACUGGAGGAUGAAGCAUAAUACACAAACCGGUCUCUUUAUUUAAACGUUGAGUCAGUAGGAGAACUAAUGUAGUGGAUAAAGUAAGAAGCAAAAGAGAGGACAGAGAAGUGUUGUGUUUAAAAUCCGAGUCUGUCUAAGCUUACUGUGUAUCAGACGGGGCUGAACUAUGCGCUGAGCAAAAAGGAAUGAGGCAAAUCUGUAUUUACUUAGCUGCUUCUGGGAGCCACUCCAGCCUUCCCCUCCUCCCCGCUUCUUGGGUAACCUGACCUGCAGCACAGUCCAGGAGCAGUUAGCCCAGCAAUGCCUCUUAUUGCCCCAGCCUUGACCAGCUCUGGCUCAAAGGGGUCGUUUAGCCUGAAGCAGCCCUUGGAGCACCAAGCAGAUCCCCAGCCAUUUUCCAAAGGCUGUACACGCAGACUCCUCCAGCCUCCAUCCCCAGCAGCCCCAGAGCCCACUGAACCCCCAACGCUGCUGGAGAUCCAUCUGGGCUGUCUAGGCCAUCCCUAGACAGUGAUGGAGGCCCCAAACUACCCAAGCCAAGUCCUUCACUGGACCUGCUGAGGUACGGGGGGAAGUGGAGGCAAAAUUUAGGCGUCCUGUGGAUUCAGCUUGUGUGCAGCAUUGCCAUUGACGCCCCUGGUGUUCAGAUAGAAAAGCACACAAGGUUUGCCCAUGGGAGCGGGUGGCCAGGCGGAUAGACAAAUUUGUAUGUCCAAGUGAUUAAGUCAAGAAGCCCCGUAGCUCUUGAGGUCACUGGCAGUGUGCUCCUUUCCCACAUCACUGGCUUUUAUAAAUAGUCACCUUCAGGGCAGCACAGUUUCGUUUAGCAGGACGCCAUUGCUAACCUUUCUUUUUUGGAUUGUUUUUGGCCAGGACAGCUUGGGGUUGGUAGGCCUAUUCUCACAGCCAAAGAUAGUGUUCAGUGAUUCCUGUAACAUACACUGAUGUACACUGGAUGCUGGUGAGCAAGACGUGUCUCCAAGCCUUAGAAGAGACUCACUGUGUCUCCGUUUUCACUGCCCGUAUGAGCUCAAGGACCACUCCAAAUGUAGUAACCAGGGCUGUAAAUCCUGAUGCACGCUGGUGAGGCUUCUCUUCAGAGCAGACGGUGCAUAUGCAGUGGCCCUAACUGUGAGGCAGUGAUUCUGCCCCUCUCAGAGGUCUAUCCUCUGUGGGGGCCACAUCUGAGGGAGGCCCCUGUGACGCCUCGGGUGUUCAGUCACAACUCGAUCCAAUUCAAGGAUGUUUAUCAGCCUCUCUGUUAGACCCCUUGGAGAAAUAAAGAUAGAAAUGACCCAUUCCCUGCCUCCUGGGAACUCAGAGGUGAUUGGAGAGACAGACUCACAAAAAAAUACUAAGUCAAGAGAGACUGUGAUAUGUGCUAAGAAGGGUGUGAGAGAGGAAGAGAUGAAUUUUCCCUGGAGGGAUCCUAGAAAGCAUUGUCCUAUUUCUGUCUCUGUUAGCUCACUUUUGAGCAACUAGGGUGCUAGAAGAACCUUUGUCUGAGGGUAGUUAUGGCUGGAAACACUUGGAACCAUUUCCAUAGUCUUCAAACUCGCAUCCACCCCACAAAUACACGUCCAAGAUCACAAAUAGGAGUAGCAGUUCUAGGUGGUAGGGUGUGCACAGGAACCCUGGCUCUCUGCAUGUAGCUCAGAAUUGCCCCAGGACAGUUGUCCCAAAGUUUGGAGUUUUUAUAAGUAGGCAAAGUUUGUCUUCAGUGCCUCUGCCUUGGAUUCUGCCUCCACUACUCAUCUUAGGAUCCCGUCACAUGCCUACCCCCAUCAGGCAGCCACAGUACCCUCACUCUCCCUGUCCUCCUUGCACAUCCUGCUCUCAGGAAAGAAACUGCCACUGACUCCUUCACACUAAAGUGUAAAUGACUGAUAAGAGGAAUGUGUUACCUCUUCCCAGAGACGUUUGUUUUUGACUAGGACAGCGCAGAGCCUUAAUCCCAAGGGAAAAGGCUGUGGCACUAAUGGUGGGGGUGGGGGUGCAGGUGGGGUGGAGGAGCUUCCUGAGUAGAAGGGCCUUUUUUUGUUUGUUUGUGAGGAAGAUCAGCCCUGUGCUAACAUCUGCCAAUCCUCCUUUUUUUUUUUUUUUUUUUUUUUACUGAGGAAGACUGGCCCUGGGCUAACAUCCGUGCCCAUCUUCCUUCACUUUAUAUGGGACGCCGCCACAGCAUGGCUUGCCAAGUGGCGUGUUGGUGCGUGCCUGGGAUCUGAACCGGCAAACCCCAGGCCACCGCAGCGGAGCACGUGCACUUAACCAGUUGUACCACCAGGCCGGCCUCAGAAGGGCCUUCUUGAUAUUCUUAAAUAAGACUCAUAGCUUUGGAAGGUCCACUCCACCAUCCAAGGGCACUGUUUUUUUUUUUUGACUCACUCUCUGAGGGAAUAUAGUACAUGUGCAUUUUCACGUGCAUUUUGCACGGCAGCAUUUCACCCAUUUUGGAAUGUAAUUCUUGUAUUGACUAAUGUGUUUCCUGGUCUUUCUUAGAUGCAAACCAUUAACACAACCUUAUCUAAUAGUUUUUUGAGGGGCGCUUCUUGAUUAAGUAGGUAAUUUUGAACACCUCUUUAAAUACAGCUAGAAAAUGAAACCAAUUUGUAAAGCUACAUUUGCAUAUGAUGCCAGCCUCACGCAUUUGUAUAUCUCCAGAAACACAGGUAUGCCUCACCAAUUUGCCCGUCUUUAAUAAAAUAUGUUAAAAUUUGCAUCAAACUUCAGCUUCCUACGUAUGACAAAAUGGGAAACAAAGGUUUCCAACAGCUCUUUUGUCUUCAGACAUUUAGUAAUAUAAAAUACCUAUUUUUAUGCUGAAAUGUUUAUACAGGUUUAUUAAUAGCAAGUGCAACUAACUGGCGCAUGCCUUGCGACACAUUUUGAUAUACUAGCCAUGCUUCUGGGCAAAGGCAGGCCUCUGACUACUUACCUUUUGCAGUCUCUCUGUGAUCAGUAAAAGAAAAAUAUCAUAUGCUUAAGAAGUGGGACUGUAAAUAUGUAUAUUUAACUUUGUAUAGCCCAUGUACUUACUUUGUAUAGAAAAAUAAUUUUAAAAAUUUGAACUGAAGGGGGGUAAAAUAAGGAAGUCAUGAAGUUUUUUGCAUUUUUAUUUAAAUGAAGGAAUUCCAAAUAACUCACCUGCAGAUUUUUAGCACAAAAAUUGCCAUUGAAAAGUGUUAAAAUUUUAAAUAAUCAUUCUUUCUGGGAGAGACGGUAACUUAUCUCAGUUAUAGUUUUUUGUUGUGUUUUCGAUUCUUUUUUUUCAGUCCUGUUUAUCUGCAGUAGUAUUAAGUCCUAUUGCUAGAACAGAUUACUACAAAAAGGAUUAUAUUCUGAAAGAAAAAUAACUGACAUUAUAUAUAACCAAUUAAUUUAAAGUAUUGCCAUUUAAAUUACACACCAAGAGCAUGUACUAUGCAGACACAAAUUUUUCCGUUCAUUUAUUUUUCUUUAUUGCAGUGGAUUUGAUAACUAGAUGUGUCGAAUUACUACAUUUGCUGUACAUAUUAUUUAAUAAACUUUAUUCGGAAUUGUGUGGCA